AUGUCGUCCCUACAGGUGGACGAACGGAGCCGGGGCGGGCGGUCCCGCUCCCCCGCAGAUCGCCGCCGGGAGGACGAGGACCGGCCACGGGACCGGGACCGGGAGCGGAGCCGCGUCCGCACGUCCACGGCCAACAUUGUCGAGGCCGGUGUGUACCCGCCACCCAACGACAACUAUCGCGACGUCGACCCUGCCCUCGCGUAUGAGCGUCUCGCCAACUACCCGCCUCCUCCUCCCGCUGGUGGUGAUCGCAGCGGCGGCGGCGGCGGCGGCGGCGGCGAUUACUACCGCAACAGUCCACCAUCUGGCGACCGCGACCGCAUCCGGGACCGGGAGCGGGACUACGGCAGCAGCUACAAUGCGUCAGCACCAUCGCUAGGCAGGCCCCGUGAGCGGUCGCCCUCGCGUGAACGGUUGAGGGACCAGUCGCGGCCUCGCGCACAGAGCCGUGAUCGGAGACCCGAUCCCAGAGAUUCCGAUAGGAGACCCGCCGACCCCCGAGAGUCUUCGGACUGGGGAAAGAACAUCAACAGGGAGCGUCCGGGUGAGAUCGCCGGCAUGUAUCUCCCGCCCAAGUAUGCCGCCACCGUUGUCUCGGCCGACCCUUCAGGAUCACCACACGCGUCACGCGACUCGUUCCAUCCCGGUGGUCAUGGCCGCACGCCCAGCACCUCUGGCGGCAGAGAAAGAGAGUCCAGCCGGGAGCGCAAGCAGCGCAGAAUCGAGGAGGAUCUCGCCUACGGCAAGCUUCCCGGUAGCAGUUCUUCCGGCUACCCUGCGCAACGCCCAGCAUCACCUCAGACGUACAACAAGCGUCCCGAGACGCCGCCAUCACCGGGCUACCACCGUCCUCGCCCGUCUAGCUACCAUGCGGGUGCAGGAAGACCCAUCGAUGACAAGUACGGCGAGCCCAUCGGCCGUCCCAGCGGCCGCACCCACAGCCCGAACAUCAGCAUCAGCAGCGCCUACGACCUGCGACUCGACGACCGCAAAGCAGCGGCGGCGGCGGUUACCCUUCCUCCCCCGGCCGAGGCCGCCACGACGACGAUGGCGGCAAACCCCCGUCUCAAGUCCGCCAUGCGUCCCGGCCGCGAAAAGUCUCCUCUGCCGCCCACCAACCGCAUGUCCCUCCUCUCCGUGAACACCCCGCACAUGUCCAACGGCAACCUAUCGGUAUCCAACGCGCCCGCCUCGCCCAUGCUCGAAUCCUACCACGGCACUUACCAAUCUAUGUCGCCUAUGCCUUCUCCGCUAAUGCUGCCCACCCAACCGGGGCCCAACGGUUCCUCGUACAGCUUCGUCGAGCCUCUUUCUCCGCUCUACGGCUCCUCAUCCGACGACGAGCACGGCCACCGCAGAGGCGGCGGUGAAAAGAAAGGUCACACACGCACUCACUCCCGCCGCGCGCGCUUCCACGACCCCAUCGACGACGCCGCCCGUCUCGCCAAAGCCUUGAAAGGCGAUACACGCGCACCUGACACCGCCUCUCUAAUUGAGAUCUUACCGGGUCUCACACACGAACAAGUCAUGGAUCUGCGCGUCGAAUACAAGCGCCUCGUCAAGACAGGCGCCGAGCGCAAGGGCGUUAACAUCGCCAAGCACAUCCGGGCGCGCCUCAAAGACGAGGACCCGACGCUGAUGAAAGCGUGCUACACCGUCGCUUUGGGCCGGUGGGAAGCCGAGGCUUACUGGGCGAAUUUCUGGUACCACGGGGACAAGACGCGUCGGGAGCUAUUGAUCGAGGCGUUGAUGGGCAGGACGAACGAGGAGAUCCGCAAGAUUAAAGAGGGGUUUAGCGACAAGAAGUACGGGGAUAGUCUGGUGAAGUGCAUGAAGAUGGAGCUGAAGGAGGAUAAGUUCAAGAAGGCGGUUCUGAUGGUUUUGGAGGAGAAGAGGCAGGAGGACGUGGAUCAGUUUGGACGCCCCGUGAGGUUGGAUUAUGAAUUGGUGGCGGAUGAUGUAAGGACGCUGAGGGAUGCGGUUAAGAGCGAGAGAGGUGGAGAGAGCGCCAUGUUGGCCGUCGUAGUCAUGCGCAGUGAAGGUCAUCUGAGAGAGGUCAUGAGGGUUUAUAAGGAGACGUUUAGGGGAGCGAAUUUCGCUAGGGACGCGUUGAAGAAGAGUGGGAAUCUUGUUGGCGAAGUCCUAGCCCACAUCCUCAACGGCGUCAUCAACAAGCCCGUCCGCGACGCCAUGCUGCUCAACCACGCCCUGACCAUGUCCAAGCGGGACGAGCUGCGACGGGAGCUUUUGAUUUCGCGACUUGUCAGGUUCCACUGGGACGCGGGCCACAUGUCGCGCGUGAAAAAGGCUUACCACGAACACUACGGCAAAGAUCUCCAGGAGGCUGUGAAAGAGGCUACCAGUGGCGAGUGGGGAGAGUUUUGCGGCCAGCUUUGUGUGAGCAGGAUGCCGGAUGAUGUUAAGAAGAUUGAGAGGAGGCCGACGGACGGUUUUUAG